AAGAUACCGACACUUUUUUCGACGGAUUUAAAUCAUAUCACGUUACAUUCACUUGCUAGAAAAUCAAAAGACGUUAGAUUAUGAUAUAAAAGAUUUGAGAAGAUGAUUGUGUCAUUGAUCUGAGUGAACUGACGAAAAACUCUUGUAUACAAUCUUUUCACCUUUUAUCUUACACUUUAAAGGUUUGUCUUGGGGAUAAAAUUAUAUCCUUUUUCGAAUUGUCAGAUAGUAUAAAAACAGAUUUGAGGCAGAAAGUUGGUUCCUUUCUUAAUUGAUUUCAUACAUAAGUGCAUUGGUGCUAAACAGGUUCUCUACGCUCAAUCCUUUAAACUGGUGAUCUCUUUUAGCAGAUUAGUUUCGAUCUUUAUGUAACAUCUUAAAAUGAUUUGAGAAUUGAGAAAAAUAAAAGGCAUUUAAAUCCUUUUGAGUUUAAGUUGUGUUCUUUAUUAUUAUCUCGGUUGAGUAGCGAACACUAUGAGUUGCCGUUUGGCGAAAAGCUAUGGCUUUAUCAGAUUGUUGAUAAAGCCACCGGCUAAUAAGCGUCUGCGUUUUCCCCAUUUUUCGCGUUUUCCUGCUCAUGGGUUCUCUGCGUUUCGCAGUUGCUCCACCGCGACGAGGAACAGAUCCAUCCCGACAAACCCGAUGGCCGGCGAGGAGGCAAACGGUGGAACUACACUGCUUCCGGUUGUUGAAGACAAGUACGAUGGCGUAAUGACUGAGAUAAGUCAUCCCAUGGAUCCUUCUGCCUUCUCUUCACUUCUCCAGUCAUCUCUCUCUACCUGGACUCUUCAGGGGAAGAAGGGAGUGUGGAUCAAAUUGCCUAGACAUCUUAUCGGUCUUGCGGAAGCUGCUGUUAAGGAGGGAUUCUGGUUUCAUCACGCAGAGAAAGACUACUUGAUGCUUGUGUACUGGAUUCCCAAAGAAGGCGAUACGCUUCCUUCCAAUGCAUCUCACCGUAUUGGCAUAGGUGCUUUUGUCCUCAACCACAAGAAAGAGGUGCUGGUGGUUCAAGAGAAGACAGGAAGAUUUCGAGGCCAAGGUAUCUGGAAGUUCCCCACAGGAGUAGUCAAUGAGGGUGAAUACAUCCAUGAUGGCUCGGUCAGAGAGGUGAAAGAAGAGACCGGAGUAGAUACAGAAUUUGUUCAAGUAUUGGCUUUCAGACAAACCCAUAAAGCUUUCUUUGAAAAGUCAGAUCUGUUCUUCGUUUGCAUGCUAAAGCCCCUUUCUUUGGAGAUCAAUGCACAGGAGACAGAGAUAGAGGCAGCUCAGUGGAUGCCAUGGGAGGAAUACUUAAAGCAACCAUUCGUACAGAAUCACGAGCUACUAAGAUAUAUGACAGCCAUUUGCUCUGCUAAAACCAACGGUGACUACGAAGGCUUCACUCCUCUCCGUGUCUCUGCGCCUGAUCAACAUGGCAGCUUAUACUUCAACACCCGCGACCUCCAUUCCCGCCAUUAAUCUUCUUUCUCACAACAAGCAAAGCAAGUCGUCUAUGUAACUACGUAAGCAUAUUGACAUUUGAAUCGUCUCAAACCAUCCCAAAUGAAAACAUUUGCAUUCAAAUCCAAUAGUUUAAAUUACAAGACUAAACGGAGCAUAUCCGUUAGCAAUCCUAUUGUUUGAAACACACUUGAUCUCUCUUUACACUGCCGCAAAAUCUAAUUUUACAUAAACCAACAUGAUACUUAAAUAGAUUGAUGUUACGAGUUCUUAUGUGUAUGAAUAGGCAUGUGUAUAUAUACAGAGAUCCACUCUCAUCAAUCAUUCAAGUCCUUGUCCUACCAGAACCAGCUCCACCGUCACCGCCACCACCACCGCCUGUAGACCCAUACAUAUGACUCUGCUGUUGAAGAAACUGAUGAUGCUGUUGAUACUGCAUCCCACCACCGUAGAAUCCACCUCCAUCUUGCUGAUGCUCACCACCUUCACCACCUGUCUGUGGCCUCCCAAGUCCAGUCCUCUCCCCUUCAAUCUCCCUAAACCUCUGCAAGUAAACUUUCAACGGCUCAACGUAAUCCUCGAACCCUAGAGUGGUCAUAGCCCACAGCAAAUCGUCGCCGUUGAUCGUCUUCCUCUUCUCCUUCUGACACUUAUCAGAGGCCUCUCCGGUGACGAAGCUUAUAAACUCAGAGACACACUCCUGCAUCGUCUCUUUAGCGUCUUUGGAGAUCUUGGCGUUGGCGGGUAAAGCCUUCUUCAUGAUCCUGCUCACGUUAGCGAUUGGUAAGAACCUGUCUUGUUCUCUGGGAGACAACGAUGAAGACUGUCCGUUUUGCCCUCCACCCGAGUCCCUGUCGGAAUCUCCCAUUCUGAAAGUUACUACGAAAUUUUAAAAAAAAAAAAAACAGAAACUUCACUCUUUUUCAAAUCAUCAUGGCUUCACCACUGAAGCAGAGAAAUUAGGGUUUUAGAAUUAGAAAGUGAAUUCAAGUGUCGGCUGAGAUUGUAUACACAUUUGGUGAAUGAGUGUCGCCGGCGAUUUUAUAAUGCAACGAUGCACGACCUUCUGUUCACUUGACACGUGUGUUUACAUUAACCGUCUAUUUACUGAUAAGGUUCUGACAACUGGGUACGUGCUCAACCGUCGGAUGUAAUGAGAGAUAAAUAGCCCUUUAAGACUCUGCCACGUGUUGUGGGCCGUUAGUAGCUAUUGUCUGUUAAUGUUAAGUCCCACGCGCAGACGAGGAGAUUGGUUAACUCAGACAACGAGGGAAAGGGGAGCGUGAAAGACACGGAGCGGAAGAUGAAGGCGUUAGGGAGAGACAGAGGGUAACUGCCACUCAACGACUUAUCGGUCAAUUUACCUUUCUUGUUUUACUUUUUCUUUUUUAUGAAUUGGGGGUUGGGUGUGGGUGUGGUGGGGUUCAUUGCCAUCAAACUGCAUCGACCAAUCAGAUCAAACAGCUGUAGGAGAAUGGGUCCCAGUUUCCUGCAUUUGUCGGUGUUGGUCUUCUCCGGUUGAACCGACCAUAGUGUGCUUUUCUAAGCGCGUGAUUAACUAACUAUAGUGACAUGCUUUAAUAAUCAUUUAAUUACAUAACUAAUGGUUACCCACCUGGAAACCUAAUGGUCAAGUUGUUCAGUUACCGAAUUUAAAAGCCUAUAAAGAUAAUAGAUUUGUU